GCCGUAGUAGAAUAUGAGCAGUGUUUUGAAGCGCAUCGAAACGCUCUUUAAUCGUUGGUCGAAUGUCAGUGAAAUUUUCAAUUUUAUAACAAAUAUUCAAUUAAAUUUUAAUUGCAAUUAAAAAUCAAUUUUCCCUACGCAAUCAUGAGAGCCGUACAUGAAAGUGCGUACAAGCCAAAACUGACGGGUGAAACGAAAUUCGUUGUGAAUAUCCGGCCGAUUAACCACAAUGGCGCCGCACUCUCCAGCACUAUUGCAGCCGCCAAUAAUAAUAACAACAACAUCGGCGCGUCAGAAGUAAAUAGAAGGGUAUCAAGUCAAGAGUCCAGGGUUAAAAGCAGCAGUUCUGGUGUCAACCACAUGCUCCUCUCUAAGACGCAAGCCAAAUGCGGUCCUAUUUGCACCGUUAUUUCGCUGAUUGCUGCAGUUUUGUUGAUCAGCGGUUCCAUUUACCUACAUCUGCGUCAGAAGCCUCAUCUCGGCCGUUUGCAUCACAAUUCGCCAGAGAAGGUUGUUGCAUCAACACCUGAAGCCAUCAAAGUUCCUACCUCUGCAACUGCACCUCUAAUGGCAAGCGCAUCCUUGCCUGGAGCAACAAGAGAAAGUGAAAUUUUCACAGCUUCUGCCGCUACAGCGAAAGCUUCUGCAACGACAGCAAGAGAUUCAACUGAAACAUCACGGGUAUGGCAAAUUAUGAAUGGAGGUGGUGGCGCACGACACAUAACCGAAGCCUGUAUGCAAUGCAUCUGCCGCACAGCAACGGAGUGCCGUCCUGCUGUGUGUGGCAACAAUAUGGACUGUGGCGUUUUUCGCAUAUCUCGACCCUAUUGGUUAGAUGCCGGUAUGCCAGCACUUGAGGGCGAUGAAGGCAGCACCGAUAAUACGAACACAACUUAUGGCCGCUGCGUGAACAAUAUGUACUGUGCGACACGCGUGGUUGCUGCCUACAUCAACAAAUAUGCACGCGAUUGCAAUCGUAACGGUGUAAUCGAUUGCCGAGAUCACAUUGCACUGCAUCUGCUAGGGCCAACAGGGUGUUUACAGUCCGAGGGAGUUUUACCGCAGGUGUUUGCGCGUCGAAUGGAGGAUUGUUUUGCUGAAUACGAUUGAGAGGAGUCGUCACAGGGUGGGGAAGAGUCAGUGAUUUCGUUCAAGAACAAUACUCAAUGAAAAAUAGUUGGAUGUGGCACAUAACACUAAUGACUUUUUACUUUUAUAUAGCCUUUAUAUAUAUAUAUAUUAUACAAAUGCACUUAUUUACAAUAUAUAAUUAGUUUUAAGCGGUUCCCUCGUAUCAAGAGUUUGCGUUAUAUUUUUAUAGAAUAUUCAACACCUAGACGGAAAUUUCCAGCAGAGUCCUCGAAUAGUUUUUAUGCUCCAUUGUGCAAUCGCCUCAAGUGAAUUAUUUAUGAAAAUAUCCCAUUUAUAUGUCCGUAGCUGUUGUAUAAGCGGGUGAGGGAAAAUGUGAAAUGUAUUCAAGUUGAGCAG